AUGACUUCAACCAAACUUAGUAACGAAACACUGUAUCAAAUAUUUGAGGCUACGCUUUCAGCUGAUAAAUUGGUUCGUGAAUUUGCUGAGAAAACCCUCAAUGAAAUCUCGCUCCAGCACAAUGACCUUGUUUUGCAUCUUAUCCGCUUUUGUUGUGAGCCUGUUUCAUUACCGGAAGACCUUGAGGUGCCAAGCGGUUCACAAGAGCUUCUGAGCGGUCAGCAACGGUCAAUACUACAAAAGCACAGAAAUAUGCAGCUUGCUGCUGCAAUUCGGGUUCAUAAUGUGAUAGGCCGCAGCGAUUGGAAUCGAAAUACGUAUUUCACUGAGGAAAUAAAAGGUAACGUCCGUCAGCUGAUCAUACCGAUCCAAUGCUUACCUCAUGUUUCAGAGCAUGUGCGGCGCCAGCUACUCGUUACUACAAACGCGUUAAUAACGUAUGAAUUCCCAGAGCAAUGGCCACAGCUUAUUCCCCAUCUUGAGAGCCUGUUGGGAAGUUGGAUCGUCGCACUAAGCAGUGCUAUCGACUCCAGCGCCAUGAAUGCACAAGUAUUGUCUGUGAUUGUGCAGAUGAAGGCUGGCUUGGCGAUCUUGUACUGCUGCUGUCGCGUGUAUGAGGAUCCCCUUAAAGUUAAUGCGGCGGCAAUGGACGCGUUUGCAACUCGGCUAGUGCCCUCACUGGUGAGCUUAGCAGAAAAUUUGGAGGGACUAUGGUCUCAGGAAGUUGUGCGUUGUAGUGCUGUUAACUCACCCCGGAUGAUGGCAAGCACUCUUGACAGGGGGCCUGUGGUCCCAGACAAUGAGACUUAUGUCGUGGGGAGUGAGGAAUCUAUGCUAGAGCAGUCCCCCCUUCAGGUUGAGCUUUCUCACGCUUUGCGGCUAGUCUUAAAGUGUCUCUGGUCACUAUGCGAACAGCGGUAUCCAAAAUGUCUUUGUGACACAGCGCUCUUUCACCGUUUCUGGAACAUCUCUUUCAAGGGCCCUACAGAGGUGGCCUACAUGCAUUACUUACCAUGGUGUAGACAGCAAUUCCUUCAGCGGUUACAUGGAGGUUCCCAGAAUGGGUGCAACGCUGGAGCAAUAGGGAUUUCUAAUGAGUGCCAUUGCGACCAAUUCGAAAUAUUUCAGAAGGCAUCGUUGUGGCGGAUGCUGAAGUGGGUCGGAAACCUCUCAUACAAACUUUUUCAGGACUUCAUGGAACCGAAGAGUUGUGAGAAGCGUGCCCGCGCUGUUGCAACACUUUUAUGCGAAACCUAUUUGAGUGACGUUGUACAGGCCGCACUGCAUCUUGUACGAUGGCAUUCUUUGAUACCAACAACUGAAGAGUGCCCUUCGCAGCCAUAUUUUGUGUGGUUAUUAAGCUCAAAAGCAUAUAUCAUCGCACUUGAAACACUAGGUACGGCAGUUUCCCACCGGAGACUCUACGAGACGAUCCUUCAUCCUGUCUCAGAAGAACUAAUGACCGUAUUGCUUUUUCCUCGUUUUGCCUUCUCCGCUGAAGAGAGUGAGAUGUGGGUAAACAACCCCGAAGAGUACGUGCGGAAGCAAAUGGCCCCCACCGGGGAUAUCUAUAAUUCCAAAGUUGUCGCUGUCACCACUCUUCUCUCAUUGGUCACGUCCAGUAAGAAGCACGUAGAUGCGGACUUUCUUCCGAAAUUCGCUAAUUUCUUGAUAAAUCAGCUGCAGGUUUACGCACCACGGGGGCUACAGGCACUGGGUGAAGCAGAGUCUGGAGCUGAAGACUGGGAAGCUGCUCGACGGAUAGAUGCGGCAUUGUUCUGUAUCUAUAAUUUCAAAAAAGCCCUGCUUGGUAUGCAGCUUGGACACGAACACCUAGAGAAUGUACUCAGCACUUUCGUGGUCCCUGCGAUGCAGGGUCAACUUGGCUUCUUGCGUGCUCGAGCAGUGCUCGUGCUGAGCACUUUCUCUGAGAAAAUCCAGUGGAGUAGCCCUGAGUCUUAUCAGACUGCUCUUCGCGCAGCGCUGCCGCUGCUGCGCGAUCCUGAUACCCCUGUUAAAAUCCAAGCAUGCAUCUGUUUUGCACGUCUGACAUGCCAUCCGUACGCGCGUGACGUUGUGUUGCCGUGCAUUGCUGAACUCAUUCAACACUACUUUCAGAUUAUGCAACUCAUGGAUAGCGAGUCGGUGAUACGGACCCUGCGUAAGACGAUAUCGUUUUACAGGGACUCGCUCUCGCAAUGGGGAUUGGAGUUGGCUGAUAUGAUUGUGAACCAUUUUUCGUUUGUGGCUCAGUCGUUUUCAAGUAAGUAUAAUCUUCUGGAGGGCGAUGGUGCUGGCAACGGUGCGGAAGGAGGGAAUCAUGCUAUGUCCGGAUACUUGGAGGACGAAGGUCUCUCUGAAACCCUCAUGGCGUCCGAUGAGCUCCUUGAAACGCUCAUCACAUUAGUCAAGGUGCUUCCCCGUAGCCCGUCAGUGCGAGGAGAAAAUAUAAGAGGCGUCAGUGCUGGGGACGCAUGCGGCUUAUCUCCAACCAAUGCAGAGAUGGAUGCGAACCUGUUUGUACAGAUGCAGCAACGUGUCGCGCCGAUGCUUUUUUUCAUCCUGAGCCACCAGAGCGGCAGCACGUAUGGCUUCAUGGACUCUGCCUUGAAUUUGCUGACCACGCUGCUUGCGCGCAGCCCUUGUGUGGCCUCGGCGACCUGGCGACUGUUGCCGUGCUUGCACCAUCUAGUGUGCCACGCUGGCACCACCGACUACUUCGCUGAGAUGCUUUUCCCGAUCGAUAACUUUAUCUCCGUUUCGCCACAGCUUUUUUUGACUACCCCCAUGAGUGUCUUGUGCGGAGGGGAGACAAACGUCCCGCGUUUCACGAGCAGCACCCCCGUCGCGUCUGGUGAGAUGGAGAAGACUGCGCAUGACGUGGGCGGGAUGACACCGGCUCAGCUGCUGCAGGAUAUGUGUCAGGUUGUGCUGCAGUGCCCGACUUCUCACAGCCGUGAAACAUCGGCUGUCCUAAAACUUUAUGAUUCGUUCCUGCAAAACUACUGGUUGUUGGUAUUUUCGUCAUCCCCUUCAACAUGGGUUUUUUCAACACCGUUUAACCCUGCGGUGUCGGCGAUUCUCGGGGAAGCCACCACAUCGUUGUUUGCCGAGUCCGCUGUCAAGCCUAUUGCACAGCAAGUGCUUUUUACCCUUUUUAACCGACCUAAACUGAAUUCGACGCUUCGAGUGCUAUUUUGCAACGUGGUUUUUUCUUGUAUCCUGGCGGACAUCAACUCGACCUUGACUAUUCUGAGUAAUUCUGAGGCCACCUACUCCUUUUUUGAGCACUAUACUUUUCUUGUAGUGCAACCUUCAGUAAGCUCUGGCACAGCUUCACUCAACAAAAAGGAUGCAAAUAAGUGGCAAGCUCAAAAUAAGGCAAAAAAUGCUACCAUCAGACCAGGAUCAUGUGCCGAUCUGCUCCGUAGUUACGAUCGUGCAUUGUUCAUUUUGGCCUUUUCUCGUACCAUGGGCUUCUUCUCUGCCUGUCAAGAUCUUUGUGAGCAGGAGCCGCAGCAUGUGGGGGCCAACCUGGCAGUCCAUGCCGUUCUUGAGGCUUCCCUUUCUGCAGUUGUGGCGAGCGGUCUUCUUGAGCAUUUUGCUCAUCAGGAUCUCGAUGCAAGCGUUCGUGAGAUUGCUUUCCAUGUGAAGUGUCUGCAGAAACGGAUUGCCUGUAUAGAAAAGAAUAUGGACAAGCCUCAGUCCCAUCCUCCGGCUGAGAUUGUUGAAGCCGCGGUCACAGCUGUUGCUCGUGGGGUUGCUUUCAUGAAAUCACACCAAUCUUCUUCAGGCAGAGAAGGCACUGUUGGUACUGCUAAGGACGAGGAUGAUGGAUGGGUAGAUGAAGAGGAUGGGUUCAGCAGUGAAAGCAGCUGCACUACCGCUUCAGAUGAUAUGGAGUAUGAAGGAAGUGAGGAAAUGAUGGGCAGCGAUGAUUUCAAUGAUGAUUUUGAUGUUAAUAAUAAACAAGACUCUGAUGCUAUGCACUCUCUAUGCGCGCAGGCUCAAAAUGCGCGUCAGAAACUUCAUCAUGGACCCACAGCUGGAUGCGAAGGUAACAACUCAAUGCUCCAGUAUGUGUGUGAUGCUGGCGAUAUCGACGAUGAGGUUGAUAACUUUCUAGAUGAGGACGAUUUUGAAAGUGCCGUUGAUGGAGUGAACCCUUGGGGUGUGUUGUUGGAUAGCAUUGUCGCUAAUGAUGAAUAUUUUCCUCAAGCAACCAGACUGAGCUUGUGGAGUUUAAUUGGUCAGCACAAUGCAAGUAAUAAUUUCACCGAUGUCAGAGCGGCUGUGGACCUCCUGUUUUUGCUGCGCGUUCACUCAGCGGAGCUCAUACAAAAAUAG